AUGCACGCCGCCAUAGCAAUCGCAGCGCUCCUGAACCUCGCAGCGGCCGACAGCCUCGUCACAGCCUCCCCGGAAUCGCGGACCGUGCCGACGGCCAGCGUGACGGUCAGAGAGGCAUCGACCAGCGUGACGUUGGACGAGGGCUUCACCGAGCCAGGCCCAGCUCCCGAGACGACGAGUGUGAUGCUCGACGAGGGCGCGAGCGUGUCGCUUUCGUCUGCUGAGACGACGAGUGUGGUUCUCACCGAGGAUCCGACUGUGUCGAUUUCAUCUCCCGAGCCGACCACUGUGACGCUGCUCGGCGACAACUUGAUCACGCCACCCCCCUCCGCCCAGACAACCAUCGUGAUACUCAACACGCAACCGACAGCGCCCCCCGCCGACGACGACGACGGCGACGACGACAGGACCGAGCCCGGCAACCCGGCGACGAAGCGAAGCACCACGGUGCCGGUCCUCCACCCCUACGUGCACUACGACUUCGGCAUCGGCACGGCGUGGCCGCGCGGCACGACCAAGCCCAAAUGCACGCACUGGACGCGGGUGGGCGACACGCACAACCGCUGGACGCAGGACGUGUACACAUCGACGACGACGACGACGCUGCUGCACAAGUGCGGGCAGUGCGCCAUCGUGUGGACGACGCCGCACAAGGGCUACGCGUGGGCCAAGGUCUACGACACGGUGACGGCCGACUACCCCUUCACCGUGACCGAGGUGGCCUGCCGCGACCCCCCGGACAUGGGCGGCUACGUGCUGCCGCCGCACACGCCCACGGACCCCUGGAGCACCAAGACUCAGACGCAGCGCUACCCGUCCACCAUCUACGUCACGUACCCGGACAAGGGCCCGUCCACCAUCACCCCGGCCGGCGUCACCUCGCCCAGCUGCACCAGCUCCACCAUGGUCUACGGCGGCGGCGGCCUGCGCGCCAACAAGCAGCUCAAGUGGAAGUUUUCCACCAUGCGCACCGUCACCAAGGACUGCGGCACCUGCGCCCUGGCCUGGUCCACAAACUACUUUUGGCAGAACCUCAAGGGCGACUUUUACCACUACUACACCGUCACCAACGAAAUGUACGUGGCCACCACGCUCGAGUGCGGCAAGCCCGUCCCGACUGAGGCCCAUGGAGACGGGCCGGUGACGACGACUGCGGGACGUGCCUGCUUACAUGAGACUGAACCACCUCAAAGGAGCCACGUGGGCAACACCCCAUCCGACUACAUACAUGCCGUGCCACGACUAACAACCCCUGCCAACGACUGA